AUGGCACACCUCGAAGCCCGCAAAUUCGUUUCCCCUGACUCGGGCUUCCCCGUCACCUUGCACCCAGGGUUCAACGCAAAGAUCAAAGACUGGGUUCCGCCAGAGCCUCUACGCGAAGAGAUCAAACCGGAAAAGGACCGCGCGCUGUUUGCCGAUCCCGAGAAGAAAGCCCUCUUCGCGGUGGCGAAGCGCGUGGACCUGACUGAAUCUAUCGGCACGCUGCUGGAAAACGUCCAGCUCUCGCAGUUGGACGAGAAACAGCUCGACGAACUCGCCCUGCUCGUCACGGAGAGGGGCGUGGUGUUUUUCCGCGACCAGGACCUCACGACCGAGGGACAGUACAAGCUUUUUGAGCAUUAUGGAACUCUCGAUCGACAUCCGGCUCAGAAGCAUGUGGUGAUCAAAGGGAGUCAGGAGGACCACCGUGAGAUAUUGAAAUAUACUCCCUGGCCUCAGGGAGACUGGCAUGCCGACACGUCUUUUGAGAUCAACCCUCCCUCAUACUCUCUUUUGCGGAUGGAAGAGCACCCUGAAGUUGGAGGCGACACUGCAUGGAUCUCGCAGUACGGCACAUACGACGCCUUGAGUAAAGCCUUGCAAAAGUUUGUCGAAGGACUGCACGCCGUCCACACGUCGCGGCUUCAAUACGACACAAUCCUUGACCUCUGGGGCGUCGGCCCAAACCGUCCGCCCAUCGAUACUCACCAUCCGGCCGUCCGCACCCACCCAGUCACUGGGCUUAAAGCGCUGAACAUCAAUCCCGGCUUUGUGACGGGCUUCGCGGAACUCAAUAAGAAGGAGUCAGACAAACUGCUCGAGUUCUUCGAAUACCACCUGCAUUCCGCCGACGACCACUAUGUGCGCUGGAAAUGGGCCGUGGGCAGCGUGGCUAUGUGGGACAACAGAUGCACCGCGCACCGCGUCAUUCCAGGGACGUACGAUAGUCCCAGGAGAGGCAUCCGGACGACGGUGUUUGGCGAGAAGCCCUUUUUCGAUCCCGCAAGCGAAAGCCGUCGCGAGCGGCAGCUCAGGGCCAAGCAAGCAAAUGGUCACGGCCAAAACGGCCACAGCGGUCAGAAUGGUCAGAACGGCCAAAAUGGUCACUAA